GGGCUGUAGGACGAGUGGCUUUAUUUCGAGGUCUGUGAUGGCCUCAGGUUACGCGGCUCAGACUCAUGACUAAACUGUGAUGUUAUUCAUUCUAGAGAGAGGCUGAAAUGUUUUAGUCGCUCUCUGGGCCCCGAAAGAUGCUUCACUUCUGAAUACGAAAAACUGUGUUUAGACCUGAAUUGAUGGAUUCAGCAUUUCGCCAGAAGUUUCUGGGUUUUGUAUUUUGAGGAUGGGUGCCGCCUUCAAGAAGUUCUGUAUAAGAUUCUGCUGUUGCUGCUGCUGUGAGGAUGAUAAUGAGGAGGACGAAAAGAGACAUUUACUUAGUCACGACACGUUGGAAUAUUUCGAUCGCGAGGCGAAAAAAAGGCGGGACCAAGAGACCAACCUGUGGAACGAACCCGGAGACCCCUCCCACUCCGAGAGAGACGACGACCGCACGCUCUACAACCUGCUGCAGAGCAGAGCCCAAACCCAGCGAGGCUCUCAGGGCUACCGGCGUCUGAGCAUCGACAUCGAGGCCAUGAGAGACAUCAGGAGAGAGGUGCGAGAUAAAUGGAAGAUGAUCCUGGAGAAUCUGGGGUUCAUGGCUGAAGCCGAGUCUCUGCUGACUGUGUCUGCCACCGCAUCAUAUGACCGCAUGAGAAACGCAGCGGUCGCCCGCAGCCUGCUACAGACCCUCCACACAGAGACGUCCAUAUUCAGCAGCAAAGAGCCUCCACCCGAGAGAUACCUCUUCAUCCUGGACCGGCUGAUUUAUCUGGACGCUGCUGAGGAUUUUGUGGCUAAGGCUCGUCACUUCUACCCUCCUAAAGAUGAUGAUGAUGAUGAUGAUGAAGAGGAAAACACCAGUCUAAUAAAUCUUCCUCCGCUGCUGUCCCGCAUGAAUCAGAACAUCUCUGGAGGAGAGGAUGAGGAUGAUGAGGGCGAGGCCACCAGUCCAGAGGAGUGACUCUGAGAUUGGAUUGUGUUGAUGUUUUCAGAAUCAGUUUGAGGGGUUUUGGAGGUCCAUGGAUUUGGACUGAUGUCAAGGUGGAUAGGGAUGGUGAAGAUUAAAUGGCACAGAUUUAAAACAUUUCUUAGUCAAAUGCGUUUUUGAAGAAGAGGCUAUUUUCAGAUGAAUUGAAAUAGCUGCAGAUCUCACAUUUUACAUUAUCACAUUUUAUGAAUUAGAAGAUCAGUAGGAGAUUCAGGAUUACGGAGACAUGUUGAUAUUGUAACUGCAAGAUGGUGAAGUGAAUUUGAAUAGAAAUGAAACUUUCUUUUGAAAUUUGUGUCAGUGAAUGCAGAUGCAUCAAACUGCUGAAACUAGCAAUUUAAUAAAAUCCUUUAUC